CAGUGUUUUGUUAGUAACGUAAACAAAAUAAAAACAGAUUCAUGGAAACGAAGCCACCAAAAAUUUUGUGAAGACAACGCUUACGAUAAGUCGAGCACCAAUGGGCUACAAAAAAUAAGGAUGAUGAGUGACAACUGCACUUGCGGGAAUAGCGGGGAGGUAGGAAAAUGCGUGCGCUGUACCUCCCCUGUGCAGCCUACAGAUCUGAGUCUGAAGUGUCCGUCCAAGAAACUGCGGCCCAUACCACCGCCCCUCGAUCUGGCUGGUCAUCCAUCCAAUGCGCUGAAGGAGUUUGCUAUAAUUGCAACGAGCCCAAAAAGCCCACUGAUGCAGAAGAGUUUACCAUUUCGUAAAAGGGCAUACAGCUUUUCAUGGAAUUCAGAUGUCACCCCACCACCUACUCCACCACAGCAGCCGGCACAAGCCAUUAUUACUGCCACCACAGUAAAAGUGGAGCCGCCUGCAAGUCCAAGUACACAGCAGGCACAGAGCUCAGUUCUCAUGAGCCCAGCAUCUCUCACCAGUAGUCGUGAGGAUCUCCAUUCUUGUCCAUGGCCUGCUCCAGUGUGGCACUGCUUCCAGCCAGGAACACUAGUGCGUUUUAGUGGUGAUACAACAUGGCGACGGGCUGAGGAAAUUUCGGGCUAUCGCUGUGAGUGGCUACGCCUAGAAAUGGCAGCUGAACAAGAACGGACACAAGAUGGUGUGUCUACUGUACUUGCAUUCCGCUGGGAACGAGGUGAUCUGACUGCUCGAUGUUCUCGUUUACAGACAUUUUACACACAUCAUAAAGGUUGGUGUGCUGUAUGCCCAGAUGAAGUAUUGCAUGCAUACAGUGUAUCGUGUCACCUAUUAGAACCAGGAGAUAUAUGUUUACCACCUCCAAGAAACAGCUCCGCAUCUGUUGGCAGUAGCUGGCCACCAGUAACAGUGAAAUCUCCAGAUAUAUGUGACAGUUUUCGCAGGUUUAGUUUUCCUCCUGAGGAGUUACCAACAAGUAGGCACAAACUAGUGUCUCCAAAGCCAGUGCCAGUACCUUCCAUAGCAGUGGAAAUCUCAUCUCCAGUGCCCUCCCCUGCAGCUGGGCCAGAAACAGAGCGGGCAAAACGUCCUAUGAAUGCAUUUAUGCUGUUUGCCAAGCGUUACAGACUUGAACUUAUACAGUCGCACCCAGGCAAGGACAAUAGGGCAAUCAGUGUACUUUUGGGAGAGGCGUGGCGUAGCAUGCCUGCUGAGGAGCGUCAGAAGUUUGUGGAGGAAGCACGACUCCUGGCCCAGGAGCAGAAGAGGCGCCACCCUGAUUGUUGGAAGCGUAAGCGGUCUCAUUCCACCAGUUAGCGAUGUUCAAUAAAGUAUGUACAUUUGCAUUUAUUUACUUGUGCAUUUAAAAACUUGAAGCACCCCAUGAAGGAAUGGUUGGCUAUAUCAGUUUUCUGUGGGCAUUAUGCUGUUCAAUAUUUUCUGUCAUGACAUAACAUACGAGACAGUGAGUGUGGUGUGAUGCAAGUUACCCUUGAUGCAGCCUCUCGAAUUUUAAUAAAGCAGUAAUAUUUUUAAGAAAAGAAGUGUCUGCUGGAAUGCUGUUAUAGUUAAAAACAAACUUUUCAUCUUUGUCAGCAGUUAAACAAAUUAUCAAAAAAAUGAAAUGACGUCAGAAUCUUUGCAGGUAACAUAAAUAUUCUGAAUGACUUACAUAGAACAAUAGAUUCUUGAAAACAAGGAAACUGAAUGGAAUAUCCUCAGCUACUUCAUCAGACCUGAUGACUCUGUAUCCUACAUAUUAAAUGUCGAUGACAUUUUUUCCCGAAUGUGUGCAAAUCAUUACAAGAUUAUUAUUGGUAAGCCCUUAGGCAUUUUUUGCACUUUAUAGUCCUGCUCAGCAAAUAUUGUAAAUUUAUUUGCAUAAGUUCAUCUACAUGGGGAGGAGGACAG